AUGUGCCAUGUUCUGAAAAUCUAUCUAUCUAUCUAUCUAUCUAUCUAUCUAUCUAUCUAUCAAAUAAUACCUGUUUCUAUCUAUCUAUCUAUUUAUCUAUCUAUUAUCUAUCUAUCUAUAUUAAAUAUAAUAUAUUCUUUCUUUUUUAUUAUCGCAGUUUCUUUUCUUUCUUUUUUUUCUUACUAUCCAAGUUUUUCUUUUCAAAAAGAAAUUUUUCUUUUUUUUUUUUUUUGCAAUCUAUCUAUCUAUCUAUCUAUCUAUCUAUCAUUCAUUAUCUAUCUAUCUGAGCCUGUUUCUAUCUAUUUAUCUAUAUAUCUGAAUCUCUUUAUAUUUAUCUUUUUAUCAUAUUUUCACACUUCUCCUCUGAUGGUUAAGACAGAUACAUUUAUUUUACUCUUCUCGGAACAGUCAUAUUGCGGGUUCUUUUAUUCUCUCUUUUAUAGGUGCUCCUUUAUUCUGCCUCUCUUAUAUGUGUUCUUUUAUUCUGUCUCUUUUAUAGGUGCUCUUUUAUUCUGUCUCUUUCAUAGGUGCUCCUUUUAUUCUGUCUGUCUUAUAUGUAUUUUUUUAUUCUGUCUCUUUUUCAUAGGUCUUUAUUCUGCCUCUCUUAUAUGUAUUCUUUAUUAUGUCUCUUUUAAAGGUGCUCUUUUUUAUUCUGUCUCUUUCAUAGGUGCUCCUUUAUUCUGUCUGUCUUAUAUGUAUUUUAUUCUGUCUUUUCAUAGGUGCUCCUUUAUUCUGUCGUCUUAUAUGUAUUUUUAUUCUGUCUCUUUUAUAGGUGCUCUUUUUCUUUCAAAGAUUCCUUUAUUCUGUCUGUCUUAUAAAUUCUUUUUAUUCUGUCUCUUAAACUCCUUUAUUCUGCCUUCUUAUAUGUAUUCUUUUAUUCUGUGUUCUUUAUUCUGUCCGUCUUAUAUGUAUUCUCUUUAUUCUGUCUCUUUCAUAGGUGUUCUCUUUAAAAAAAAAUUCUUUUUCUGUCUCUUUUUAAGGUGCUUUUUUAUUCUGUCUCUAUAUAGGUGCUCCUUUAUUCUGUCUGUCUUAUAUGUAUUCUUUUAUUCUUCUUUCAUAGGUGUUCCUUUAUUCUGUGCUCUUUUAUUCUGUCUCUUUUUCAUAGGUGCUCCUUUAUUCUGUUGUCUUAUAAUUUUUUUAUUCUGUCUCUUUCAUAUCUCUUAUAUGUAUAUCUUUUAUUCUGUCUCUUUUAAGGUGCUCCUUUAUUCUGUCUGUCUUAUAUGUAUUCUUUUAUUCUGUCUCUUUCAUAGGUGCUCCUUUAUUCUGCCCGUCUUAUAUGUAUUCUUUUAUUCUGUGCUUUUUUAUUCUGUCUCUUUCAUAGGUGUUUUUUAUUCUGUCUGUCUUAUAUGUAUUCUUUUAUUCUGUCUCUUUCAUAGGUGCUCCUUUAUUCUGUCUGUCUUAUAUGUAUUCUUUUAUUCUGUCUCUUUUAUAGGUGCUCUUUUAUUCUGUCUCUUUCAUAGGUGCUCCUUUAUUCUGCCUCUCUUAUAUGUAUUCUUUUAUUAUGUCUCUUUUAUAGGUGCUCUUUUAUUCUGUCUCUUUCAUAGGUGCUCCUUUAUUCUGUCUGUCUUAUAUGUAUUCUUUUAUUCUGUCUCUUUCAUAGGUGCUCCUUUAUUCUGUCCGUGCUCUUUUUAUUCUUCUUUCAUAGGUGCCCUUUAUUCUGUCUGUCUUAUUAUUUUUUUUAUUCUCUUUUAUAGGUGCUCCUUUUAUUCUGCCUCUUUUUUUUUAUUAUGUCUCUUUUAUAGGUGCUCUUUUAUUAUGUCUCUUUCAUCUUUUAUUCUGUCUGUCUUAUAUGUAUUCUUUUUAUUAUGUCUCUUUCAUAGGUGCUCCUUUAUUCUGUCCGUCUUAUAUGUAUUCUUUUAUUCUGUCUCUUUUAUAGGUGCUCUUUUAUUCUGUCUCUUUCAUAGGUGCUCCUUUAUUCUGUCUGUCUUAUAUGUAUUCUUUUAUUCUGUCUCUUUUAUAGGUGCUCUUUUAUUCUGUCUCUUUCAUAGGUGCUCCUUUAUUCUGUCUGUCUUAUAUGUAUUCUUUUAUUCUGUCUCUUUCAUAGGUGCUCCUUUAUUCUGUGCUCCUUUAUUCUGUCUGUUUAUAUGUAUUCUUUUAUUCUGUCUCUUUCAUAGGUGCUCAUUUAUUCUGCCUGUCUUAUAUGUAUUCUUUUUAUUCUGUCUCUUUCAUAGGUUUUUAGUCUGUCUUAUAUGUAUUCUUUAUUCUGUUUCAUUCAUAGGUGCCUUUUUUCUGUCUCUUAUGUCAAACUCUUUAUUAUUUUUUAUUCUGUCUUUUCAUAGGUGCCCUUUUAUUCUGUCUUAUAUGUAUUCUUUUAUUCUGUCUUUCAUAGGUGCUCUUUUUAUUCUGCCUGUGCUCUUUUUUAUAUUCUGUCUGUCUUAUAUGUAUUCUUUUAUUCUGUCUCUCUUUCAUAGGCUUUUAUUCUGUCCGUCUUAUAUGUAUUCUUUUUAUUCUUCUGUGCUCUUUAUUUGUCUGUCUUAUAUGUAUUUUUUAUUCUGUCUCUUUCAUAGGUGCUCCUUUUAUUCUGCCUCUCUUUAUAUGUAUUCUUUUUUAUUAUGUCUCUUUUAUAGGUGCCUUUAUUCUGUCUGUCUUAUAAAUUCUGUGCUCCUUUAUUCUGUCGUCUUAUAUGUAUUCUUUUUAUUCUGUCUCUUUUAUAGGUGUCUUUUUAUUCUGUCCUCUCUUAUAUGUGUUCUUUUUAUUCUGUCUCUUUUUAUAGGUGCCUUUAUUUUAUUCUGUCUAUAUGUAUUCUUUUAUUCUGUCUCUUUCAUAGGUGCUCUUUUUAUUCUGUCCGUCUUAUAUGUGUUCUUUUUUCUGUCUGUCUUAUAUGUAUUCUUUUUAUUCUGUCUCUUUCAUAGUUGCUCCUUUAUUCUGUCUGUCUUAUAUGUAUUCUUUUUAUUCUGUCUCUUUUAUAGGUGCUCUUUUUAUUCUGUCUGUUCUUUCAUAGGUGCUCUUUUUAUUCUGUCUGUCUUAUAUGUAUUCUUUUUUUAUUCUGUGCUCCUUUAUUCUGUCUGUCUUAUAUGUAUUCUUUUAUUCUGUCUCUUUCAUAGGUGCUCCUUUAUUCUGUCCGUCUUAUAUGUAUUCUUUUAUUCUGUCUCUUUCAUAGGUGCUCCUUUAUUCUGCCUCUCUUAUAUGUAUUCUUUUAUUAUGUCUCUUUUAUAUGUGCUCUUUUUAUUCUGUCUUUCAUUAUUUUUGCUCUCUUAUAUCUGUAUUCUUUUAUUAUGUAUUCUUUUUUAUUAUGUCUCUUUCAUAGGUGCUCCUUUAUUCUGUCUGUCUUAUAUGUAUUCUUUUAUUCUGUGCUCCUUUAUUCUGUCUGUCUUAUAUGUAUUCUUUUAUUCUGUCUCUUUCAUAGGUGCUCCUUUAUUCUGUCCGUCUUAUAUGUAUUCUUUUUUAUUAUGUGCUCUUUUAUUCUGUCUUUUCAUAGGUGCUCCUUUAUUCUGUCCGUCUUAUAUGUAUUCUUUUAUUCUGUCAUCCUUAUUCUGUGCUCCUUUAUUCUGUCUGUCUUAUAUGUAUUCUUUAUUCUGUCUCUUUUUAUUCUGUCUCUUUCUUUUAGGUGUCUUUUAUUUUGUCCGUUUAUAUGUAUUCUUUUAUUCUGUCUCUUUUUAUUUUAUUCUGCCUCCUUCUUAUAUGUGUUCUUUUAUUCUGUCUCUUUAUAGGUGCAACCUUUAUUCUGUCUGUCUUAUAUGUAUUCUUUUUUAUUCUGUCUCUUUCAUAGGUGCUCCUUUAUUCUGUCCGUCUUUAUUAUUCUUUUAUUCUGUCUCUUUUAUGUAUGCUCUUUUAUUCUGUCUCUUUUAUAGGUUUCCUUUAUUCUGUCUGUUUUUAUACCUUUUAUUCUGUGGCUUUCAUAGGUGCUCCUUUAUUCUGUCCGUCUUAUAUGUAUUCUUUUAUUCUGUCUCUUUUAUAGGUGAUUCUGUCUGUCUUAUAUGUAUUCUUUUAUUCUGUGUCUCUUUUAUUCUAUUCUGUCUUUUUAUAGGUGCUCUCUGUCUCUUUUAUAGUGUUCUUAUUCUAUCUCUUUAUAGGUGCAAACGAAAAAUAGGUAUUCUUUUUAAGGGUUCUUUUAAAAAACAAAAAUGUCUCUUUUUAAGGAGUUUCCAUUAUUCUCUUUAG